AUGACGCAAGCCAUCCCCGAAAUUUCGGAUGGGAAGUCUCCAGAGGUCGGUGAUAGCCAGGUCCUAGUCAAAAUACAAGGCGCCACCUUGAACUACCGAGAUCUCACAAUCACUGAGGGCAGAUACCCUUGGGACGUCAAAGCUGACGUUGUCCCUGGGUCUGACGGCGCAGGCACAGUACUAGCUGUUGGAAAGCAUGUUACCCGAUUCAAACCAGGCGAUAAAGUGGUUACAGCACUUGCUCAGAGAUACAUCGCAGGUCCACUCAGCGACGACCUUCCAAAGUCUGGACUUGGUGCAGUACUCGAUGGCACUUUUCGCACCAUCGGGGCCUUCAGCGAGCAGGGUCUUGUCCCGCUGCCUCGAGGCUUGAACUUCAUUGAAGGCGCAGCCCUGGCUUGUGCUGGUGUUACUGCUUGGAACGCCCUCUUUGGACUAGCAGGCAAACAAGUCUCUGCUGGGCAAUGGGUUCUCACGCAGGGCACGGGCGGAGUUAGUAUCUUUGCCGUUCAAUUCGCCAAAGCCGUCGGAGCGAGGGUCAUUGCCACCACCAGCUCUACCGAGAAGGCCAAACUUCUUGAGAAGCUCGGUGUUGACCAUAUUAUCAACUAUCGUGAGACGAUUGAUUGGGGAAAAGAGGCCAAAAGGUUGACCGGAGGCGUUGGCGUGGACUUGGUCGUCGAAGUUGCGGGACCAACGACUUUGAGGCAAAGUCUUGUCAGUUGCAGACUGGACGGCACUAUCGUCACCACCGGGUUUGCUGGCGGUAAUCCGUCUGAGCACGACAUGCCAACGUUUCUGGAUUCGUGGCUGAGUCUAGUUACCGUUCGAGGAGUCUGGUGUGGCAGUCGGCUACAGCUUGAAGAGAUGUGUCGGGUCAUCGAGGCCGACGUAGACAAGCUGCGCCCCGUUAUUGAUCCCAAGGUCUUUAAUCUGGAACAACUGAAGGAGGCGUACGAGUAUCUGCAGUCAGGAAAACACCAGGGAAAAGUUGGCAUCGAGAUCAAUUGA